GAACGCCUGGAAGCUUCUAUCGUCUUCCUCCAGAUUCUUCCUUCCGCUGGUUAAAUUCGUGCUUCACCGACCCAUUUCAGUCGAACUGCGGCGUGAUUGCUAGGAAUUUUAAGAAAUGGCGAAGCGAUUGAUCCCCGCGCUGAAUAGAGUCCUCGUGGAGAAAAUCGUUCCUCCUUCGAAAACCACCGCCGGUAUUCUCCUCCCGGAGAAAUCAUCCAAGUUGAACUCUGGUAAAGUAGUUGCCGUCGGGCCAGGGUUGAGGGACAAAUCCGGGAACACCAUCCCCGUCGCUGUUAAAGAAGGCGACACCGUUCUCUUGCCUGAAUACGGCGGAACUGAAGUCAAAUUAGGCGAAAAAGAGUACCAUUUAUACAGAGAUGAGGAUAUCUUGGGGACACUACAUGACUGAUUAAUGGCUGGAAUUCUUGAAAUGCAAUCCAGGUUUAGUUCUUGGAAGUAUUCAACUUCAGUUCCUGUUUCUGAAUUUUUGGGGUUGUUGCUGAUUUUGCUCAUUGGCCAAACACUCUGAUAUUUGCUACUUGAUGAAUAUUUCCAUCUGCUACCAUUAUUAAACGACCUCAUUUUCUCCAAA